AUGAAAAGUGGGAUUUUCGUCAAUAUNACUUACAGCCGCCCAGUGCAGAAGGCUGAGCUGACUCGUUUGGCCAACACUUUGCUUCAUGUCUCCAACCUGCACUGGAUCAUAGUGGAGGACUCCAAGAAUAGGACUGCUCUAGUUAGCUGCUUCCUUCAGGAAACAGGGCUUAACUUCACCCAUCUCAAUGUGGAGACCCCUUCAAACUUUAAAGCCAAAGGUGACCCCAGAGUACCACGUGGUACGUUGCAGAGGAACCUGGCGCUGCGGUGGCUUAGAGAGACCUAUCCUCUAAACUUCAGCAAGCCUGGAGUCGUUUACUUUGCAGAUGAUGACAACACAUACAGUCUGCAGCUGUUUGAAGAGAUGAGGUCCACGAAAAAAGUGUCUGUGUGGCCUGUGGCAUUAGUGGGUGGCCUGCGAUACGAAUCACCCAAGAUAAACGCUCUAGGCAAGGUGUACGGCUGGAAAGCUAUAUUCGACCCACACAGACCGUUUGCCAUUGGCAUGGCUGGGUUUGCAGUGAGCCUCAGCCUGAUUCUGUCCAAACCUCAGGCUUAUUUCAAGUUACAAGGGGUGAAAGGAGGAUAUCAGGAGAGCAGCUUACUGAAGGAACUGGUGACUCUCAGUGAAUUGGAGCCUAAAGCUUCAAACUGCACUAAGGUCUUAGUAUGGCAUACACGAACUGCUAAGCCUGAGCUGAUAAAUGAGGGCAAGAACGGAUUUACAGACUCAACUGUGGAGAUAUAA